CAAAAUGGCAGGCCAAGGCGAUGAAUUGAAGCUGCUCGGCAUGUUCGCGAGCCCGUUCGUGCUGCGAGCGAAGCUCGCUCUCAGCUUCAAGGGCCUGAGCUAUGAGUACCUCGAGGAGAAGGACCUCCACAACAACAAGAGCGAGCUUCUUCUCAAGUCCAACCCGGUGCACAAGAAAGUGCCAGUUCUCAUCCAUAAUGGCAAGCCCGUCUGCGAGUCCAUGAUCAUCGUGCAGUACAUCGACGAGGCGUUUGCCGGUGUCGGCCCCUCCCUCCUUCCCUCUGAACCGCACGAACGUGCCAUCGCUCGCUUCUGGGCCGCCUACAUUGAUGAGAAGCUGUUCAUCUCGUGGAUGAUGGUGUUCAGGGGCAAGACGGACGAGGAGAAGGCGGAAGGGACGAAACAGUCUUUCGCCGUGGCGGCCAACCUGGAGGGAGCUUUGAGGGAGUGCUCCAAGGGAAAGCCCUUCUUCGGCGGCGACGGUGUCGGGUACGUUGACGUCGCGCUGGGAGGCUUCGUCGCGUGGGUGCACGCCGUCGAGAAGCUGUAUGGUCUGAAGCUGUUCGACGCCGCCAAGACCCCGCUCCUGGCGGCGUGGCUGGAGCGCUUCGGCGCACUCGACGCGGCCAAGGCGGUCAUGCCGGACGUCGGGAAGCUCGUCGAGCUCGCCAAGAUGAGGCAAGCCCAAGCUGCUGCUGCUGGUGGUGCGGCCGCCGCCGCGGCCCAAGGCAAUUGAAGUAGCUGAACCACACUUGCGCUUUGGGCUCAACUGUCGGUGCGCAAAAUAAACAAAGAUGUCCGCUUUGCUUCGUACAAUUUGCGAUUGAUGUUUCGUGUUUCGUUUGAUGCAUCAGGUGUAGCAUGCUCAAUAAAUAAUCGUGUAACCUUUUUUGUGAUGAAAUAUGUGUGCAAU